GAAGAACCAAAGUCAAAAAAAAAAAAAAAAAAAAAUCUAUUUUUCUCUGUGAAUUUUGAUUCUAUCGCUCUGUACGCAAAUAGGCAUCGUUCGUUCGUUCGUUCAUUACGUAUCUCUCUCUCUAAUUUAUCUCUGUCCGAUCCCAAAAACUAAAAAAAAAAAGGAGUUCGUUGUUUUAUUGAAGAUUUUUGAUUAAGAGUAAAACAAAAAGGUUUCGUUUUGCUGGGGAUUUGCAAGUUAUUUAGUGUUUUUGAUUAUGAGUGCAUCAUGGGCUGAUGUGGCUGACUCAGAGAAUGCUAAUUCUGGGUCAUCUAAUCAGAAUUCUCAUCCUUCUCGACCUGCUUAUGUUCCUCCACAUCUAAGGAACAGGCAACCUACUUCUGACCCUGUUGCUGCUCCAUUGCCGGCUAAUGAUCGUGUAGGUUUUGGUGGUCCACCUUCUGGGUCUCGAUGGGCUCCUCCUAGUGCUAGUGCUGGUUCUGGUGGUGUUGGUGGUGGUUAUAGGGCUGAUGCUGGUCGUUCUGGCUAUGGCUAUGGUGGAAGAGGAGGUGGUGGUUGGAACAACAGAAGCGGAGGCUGGGAUCGUAGGGAACGUGAAGUCAACCCUUUUGAGAAUGAUGAUUCCGAACCAGAACCAGCUUUUACUGAGCAGGAUAAUACCGUUAUUAAUUUUGAUGCCUAUGAAGAUAUUCCGAUUGAGACUAGUGGGGAUAAUGUGCCUCCUCCUGUUAACACAUUCGCUGAGAUUGAUCUUGGGGAGGCCUUGAAUCUUAACAUCCGUAGAUGCAAAUAUGUUAAGCCAACACCUGUACAGCGUCAUGCUAUCCCUAUAUUGCUUGAAGGGAGAGAUUUGAUGGCUUGUGCUCAGACUGGCUCUGGGAAGACUGCUGCUUUUUGCUUUCCAAUUAUUAGUGGAAUUAUGAAGGAUCAGCAUGUACAGAGACCCCGUGGUUCACGCACAGUUUACCCUCUUGCAGUCAUUCUCUCACCAACCAGGGAGUUGGCUAGUCAGAUACAUGAUGAGGCUAAAAAGUUCUCCUACCAAACUGGUGUGAAGGUUGUUGUUGCAUAUGGAGGAACACCUAUUAACCAGCAGCUCAGGGAACUUGAGAGGGGAGUUGAUAUUCUUGUGGCAACUCCUGGUCGACUAAAUGAUUUACUCGAGAGAGCUAGAGUCUCUAUGCAGAUGAUUAGAUUUUUAGCUCUGGAUGAGGCCGAUAGGAUGCUGGACAUGGGUUUUGAACCGCAAAUUAGAAAGAUUGUUGAACAAAUGGAUAUGCCUCCCCGUGGAAUUAGACAGACAUUGUUGUUUAGUGCUACUUUUCCAAGAGAAAUUCAGAGACUUGCAGCUGAUUUCUUAGCAAAUUAUAUUUUUUUGGCUGUGGGUAGAGUGGGUUCAAGUACUGAUUUAAUUGUCCAAAGGGUUGAGUUUGUCCUUGACUCUGACAAGAGAAGUCAUCUCAUGGACCUGCUUCAUGCUCAGAGAGAGAAUGGCAUCCAAGGCAAGCAAGCUCUGACCUUAGUUUUUGUGGAGACGAAGAGGGGAGCUGACUCUUUGGAAAAUUGGCUUUGCAUCAACGGGUUUCCAGCAACCUCCAUUCACGGGGACCGAACACAGCAGGAAAGAGAAGUGGCACUGAAGGCCUUCAAGAGUGGGAGAACACCAAUUUUGGUUGCAACAGAUGUAGCAGCACGUGGGCUUGACAUUCCUCACGUGGCUCAUGUGGUCAACUUUGAUCUACCAAAUGACAUUGAUGACUAUGUCCACCGCAUUGGACGAACAGGACGUGCUGGCAAAUCAGGAUUGGCAACUGCCUUCUUCAACGAUGGCAACACCUCACUGGCCAGACCGCUUUCUGAGCUGAUGCAAGAAGCUAACCAGGAAGUCCCUGCGUGGCUCACUCGGUAUGCAUCACGCUCCUCUUUUGGUGGUGGCAAGAAUCGGCGGUCUGGUGGUCGGUUUGGUGGUCGUGACUUUAGAAGGGAAGGGUCUUACAGUAGAGGAGGCGGUGGUAAUGAUUACUAUGGUGGUGGAGGAGGCUACGGCGGAGGAGGAGGCUACGGUGGGGGAUAUGGCGGUGCUCCAAGUGGUGGAUAUGGCGGAGAAACUCCAAGUGCUUGGGACUAAGCUGCCAAUGUUUUUUUUUUUGUUCUGGUCAUAACUUUUGACUAUUUUGUUUUUCUUCUACAUUCACAAAGAGAGAGAGUAUGUAUUGCCCCUUACACCUAUGAGAUAUUUACUCAAGAGAUGGAUAUAUAACAAUUUGUUGCUGUUUUAGGUGUUUGGAUAUUUUACAGGCUAUUAUUAGGGGUUGUCGUAAAAAGAACAGUCAUCAGUUUCACAGUUAUAGUGUUUCCAAAUUUGUAUCA